GCGGUUUGGAUGUAACGCUUUCUUCUCUUAGCAGGCUAUGUAUCAAUGCGAUGGUGCACCUCAUCUUCUCCUCCCUUGAGAUCUUCCCACGUUUCCACGCAUACAAGGACCAAUGUCAUUGUCUGCUGUGCGGUCAGAGUAUACUCAUAAACGAAACACAUCAUAUUCAGCUUCCACUCUCGCGCCGACAGCCCUUUUAGUAGGUGCUGCUGCGAUUCCAUACCAAGAUCUCUCAGACACAGCUCGAAUUUGCGCACACGAUAAACGUCACAGCUCGAAAUGCGGGGAAGCUCUCUCGCCAAGCGCACAUCACAAGCCGCACAUCACAAAAAGGCACAAGAGAACAAGUGUUUGUCGUGAAGCAUUUUUUCAUUCGAUAUCAUGUCUCCACACGGAGAUGUGUCAGUCAAAGGCCGUUUCAGAAGUGCAAUGCGAGCAAUGCGCUGGUGAAGUGCGACCGGUGUUAGAGUGACCAUCGUGUUCAAGUAAACUCUCGAAGACCUCAAUAGGUAAAUUGACCAACAUCCAAUGCCAUCCUUAGCCUAGCAGUCGCCUUCCGUGGAUUGAUUUAAGCUCGUGUCGCGUGUCUGCCGUAUGACGUAGCUAGGCAACGUAGUCGAGUGAACAGUGAGUUGAGCGGACAGAAGGUGGUGCGCAGAUCGGAGCGUGCAGUGAUCGUUAUCGUUCAGGACUGAGGUGGUGGAUGCUGAGAUUGGGGGCGAGACGUUUAUUUGGAACGAGCCCUCGUCUUUCUUCUCUUACGCUUAAGCCUCCUGACGCGCUUCUUCCUCCAUUUGGCUCUCAUCUUGUCGGCUGACUGCGAGUGAAGUCAGUAGCUGUAGCUUGAACUCACGUCAUGCGGGGUUUGCGGCGGG